AGACGCGGCUGUCGCACUCUCCAUUCUCGGUCCUUGCUCCCGUCUGGCCUGAGGGAGUGCGGGCCGGGGGCGGCCCCCAAGCGUUGGAGGUGCAGGGAAAGCAGGUCUGCGGGUUUAGGUGUCGCGGCGGUGCACUCGUGGUGACAAUCGGGAGGAGCAGGAGACAGCAAGGAUAGGCCCAGGAGCAAUGGCGUCCAAAGAGGAGCAGCAAGCAGUGAAAAAUCUCAGCAUGGAAAAUACCACCAAGGAGAAUGAAAAAAAAGAAGAAAAGGGGCAAGAUGCUAAUAAAGGAGAGCCUUUGGCCCUCCCUGUGGAAGCUGGUGAUAAUUGCGUACCUAGAGGAAAUCGUAGGCGGUUCCGUGUGAGGCAGCCUAUCCUGCAGUAUAGAUGGGAUAUGACGCAGAGGCUUGGAGAGCCACAGGCAAGGAUGAGAGAAGAGAAUAUGGAAAGGAUUGGGGAGGAGGUGAGGCUGCUGAUGGAAAAGCUGAGGGAAAAGCAGUUGAGUCAUAGUCUUCGGGCAGUUAGCACUGACCCCCCUCACCAUGACCAUCACGAUGAGUUUUGCCUUAUGCCUUAAAUCCUGAUGUUUUCGCUGAAGUUAAUGGGGAGACACAUCUGCUUCCUAAACUUACAUGUUUGUGAUGUAUUUGUUGUAAACCUUUUGGUGUUACUUGUUUCCUGUGGGUCUCCUAUUACCAGCUUCUAAUUGAAUGUUGUGUUUUUGACCCAAUCUGUACGUUUUUGUCAGCAGGAGAGUUUUACCUGUUGCAUGGAGAGAUGUUCAUUAUAUAUUGUGAAGUUAAUAAAGCAGUUUAAAAAAGCA